AUGGGGGACUGGAACCUGCUUGGGAGAAUCUUGGAGGAGGUCCACAUCCACUCCACCAUCGUGGGGAAGAUCUGGCUGACCAUCCUCUUCAUCUUCCGCAUGCUGGUGCUGGGCGUGGCGGCCGAGGACGUGUGGGACGACGAGCAGAGCGCCUUCGUCUGCAACACGGAACAGCCCGGAUGCCGCAACGUCUGCUACGACCGCGCCUUCCCCAUCUCGCUCAUCCGCUACUGGGUGCUGCAGAUCGUCUUCGUCUCCUCGCCGUCGCUGGUCUACAUGGGCCACGCCCUGUUCCGGCUCCGCGCCCUGGAGAAGGAGAGGCACCGGAGGCGCGUGCAGCUGAGGGAGGAGCUGGGCGGGACCGAGCCCCUGCUGGAGGAGCACCGCAGGAUCGAGCGGGAGCUGAGGAAGCUGGAGGAGCAGAAGAAGGUGAAGAAGGCUCCGCUGCGCGGGUCCCUGCUGCGCACCUACGUUCUGCAUAUCUUGACGCGGUCGGUGGUGGAGGUGGGCUUUAUAGUGGGGCAGUACGCCUUGUACGGGAUCGGGCUGGAUCCCCUCUACAAGUGCGAGAGGGCGCCCUGCCCCAACGUGGUGGACUGCUUCGUCUCCAGGCCCACCGAGAAGACCAUCUUCAUGGUCUUCAUGCUGGUCAUUGCCGGCGUCUCGCUCUUCCUGAACGUCCUCGAGAUAACGCACCUGGGGGCGAGAAAAAUCAAGCAGACUCUGUACGGCCCUGUGAAAGACUAUGUAGACGACGAAAGCCACCGUUUGAAGAGGAAGCCUACGAUACAGCAGAUAUGUGUACUGAGCAACCUGUCCCCACGCGCCUCUGUUCCACUGACCCAGGCGACUUUCAAGGUCCCGCCCGACUGGCAGACGGACCACCUGCCGGCCUACGUGCCGCCGGGUGGGCACAAACCGAACGAGGACGUGUCCAGGUGGGAUGGCGUCCCCGGCGGCCCGCCCUGUGCCAACGGGUCGCACCCGCUCCCCCGCCCGCCCGGCCGACCCAGCCAAGGCGACAUCCGCGCCCUCCACCUCCGAUCCGCCACCGAGCGCGGCAGCACCUCGGAGGAGCGGGACCACUCCAACAGCAGCGACCACCUGAAUGGCGGGGACGGGCUGCAGAGCUCCGCCCACCUGAUGACGCGCUGCCCGCCUCCGAGGGUGUCCCUUCCGUCCGGUCGCCCGGAGAUACCGGCCGCCAUCCGCGAGGCGCUGUGCGCGAGGAGCCAGCGGGCCAGCUUCUGCGGGGACUUCGGCGGGAACCGGGGCAGCUCUCCCCCAAACGGCGGGCCCUACCCUUUGUCUCGCCCCGACAGCGAGCCACCCAGCGGGUCCAGCGGCGCUGUUUCACGGAGCAGCUUGGGGUCUGAGUCGGACUUCCUCUCCCAAGAUGGCUACAAACCCAUGACCCCACCCCACAUUGGGAGGAGAAUGGCAAGUAGAGCCAAACGACAGGCGGCCUCUGACCUCGUCAUAUAA